UAUAACCACGCGUGGAUUCUGGCGGUCGCGCAAUCCGAUCCUUUAAUUCCCGUUCAAAGGAAAGAAGACACGAUCCGAUCCCAUCCCAUCCAUCAACCCUCGUUGUGGGGACUCCGGCUUGAUUUGUAGGGAUCCCUCUCUUCUCCUCUACUCGAUCGAUUAGCCUCCCUCCUCGCACCGCCGCCGCCGCCGCGCCACCCCCAUCACAUCACUACCUGCGACGAGUGGCGUAGUCACACUGUACAGACCGGAGUCUGUUGUUUCGCCGGAGCCCUAAUCCAAUCCGAUCGCACGCACACAGUCGCAGGUGAAAAUAGCAGCAGCGCGAAGGAAAUCACCAGGGAAGACAAGUGGCCAGGGGUAGGAAUCUAGGGAGGUCGAUAGGCCCCGGCUAGGUCAAGAUCAUCCGAUGACGGGGUGCCUGUGGCCGUGCGUAUCCGGCACCAAUGCCAAGACGGCGGGGAGCGGGGGUUUGUUCCGGUCCAAGCCAAGGAGUCCAACGGAGCUGGUGCGACACAUGGGCGAGCUCCUCCGCUUCCUCUCCGAGCAUCCGGAACCUUGCGGUGGGAAGCUUGACAGCAAGCGUGAACAGAAGAUGGAAGAUCUAAGCAGAGCUAUCAGGGAGACGAAAUUCACUCUGUAUGGAAAUGGUGACGCAGAACCGAUUGCAGAAGCAUGCACACAAUUGACUAAGGAGUUCUUCAAAGAGAAUAUUCUGCGUCUCAUAAUUGUUAACCUUCCACAUAUGGACUUGGAAACUCAAAAGGAUGUAACUCAAGUUAUUGCAAAUCUGCAAAGGCAAAAGGUGGACUCGAGGAUAAUUGCUUCUGAUUACUUGGAAGUCAACCAAGAUCUUUUGGAUAUAUUAGUGUGUGGCUACGAUAACACGGACAUUGCGAUACAUUAUAGUUCCAUGUUAAGGGACUGCAUACGUCACCAAGUUGCUGCAAGGUAUGUAUUAUCUUCUCAACACAUGAGGAAAUUCUUUGAUUAUAUUCAGUUCCCGGACUUCAACCUAGCAUCAGAUGCCUUCAAGACUUUUAAGGAACUUUUGACAAGGCAUAAAUCAACCGCUGCCGAGUUUUUCAACAACAAUUAUGAUUGGUUUUUUCCAGAAUUUAACUCGAAGCUGCUACAGUCUUCAAACUAUAUCAUCCGAAGGCAAUCUAUUCAGCUACUUGGGGACAUUCUUCUGGAGAGAUUAAAUUCAUCAGUGAUGGUGCGCUAUGUCAGUUCAAAGGAAAACCUCAUAGUUCUAAUGAACCUAUUAAGGGAACAAAGCAAGGCUAUACAAAUAGAGGCCUUCCGUGUUUUCAAGUUGUUCACUGCCAAUCAGAAUAAGCCACGUGAGAUCGUUAGCAUACUGUUGACAAACAAGAGCAAAAUCCUCAGGUUCUUGAAAGACUUCACUAUAGAAAAAGAGGAUAGGCUGCUCGAGUCUGACAAAGAACAAGUCUCUAUGGACAUCUUGGCUAUGGAGUUGUAGAUCGAAUCACAUGCAGGAUCAACAUGUUUUCUUCUUUUUGUUCUCUGCAAGUGCUCCAUAAAGCGACUUCCAGGUUGAAUUAGUAAGCCCAGAUGUUGUGGCCGGUUUGACCAUCUAGUUUGUUACUUUGUUGGCACCAAAUUUCAAAUAUAAAAGGUAAAAUGCGUAGUUGCUGCCGAAAAUGUACAUAAAAAUCUCAGGAAACAAGACACGGUACUUUACUGCAAUGAAGUCUGAAAUAUUGACUGGAAA